AUGAUAGCUGUAACUCACCUGAUCUGCCACCUCCCGAAAGAGAUCCCUCUGAAACAGCUGGCCUCUGGUAGCUCGGAUUUGUAUGACUUGUACGACAUCAAAGACACAAACAAGGACUCCUCCAGUCAGAACAUGCUAAUAUUUGUUUAUGCUGCAUCUAUCAUCUUUGCCACUGGAGUGACCAUUGCUUUGAUCCUGCAAAUUUACCUGGGGGAAAGUUUGGUCUUCAUAAAAGGUGUGCUGGUGUCAGAUCAUGAACGCUGCACAGCACUCGGCCAAAGAGUCCUUCAUGAUCACGGCUCCAGUGUGGAUGCAGCCAUCGCCGCCACUCUGUGUUUGGGUGUUGUCCAUCCACAUGUGUCAGGUAUUGGUGGAGGUGGGGUGAUGAUGGUUCAUGACAUCCAUAGCAAUAAAACCAGGUUGAUAAAUUUCCUGGGAACUGUACCAACAACACUUAAAGAGGACAUGCUGCAAAAUGGCUCAGAGCUGAAGGCAGGUCUGCAAGUAGGAGUGCCAGGUAUGCUGAGAGGGUUACAUCAAGCUCACAGGCUGUAUGGAAGUUUAUCUUGGAAGAAUGUGGUUACCAGAGCAGCCGAUGUAGCCAGAGAGGGUUUCAAUGUGUCUCACAGUCUUGCUGAGGCAAUAUUGAAAGUAAAAGGUGAGAAGAUAAUGCAACGUUUCAGGACCGUGUUCCUCCCAGAGGGCCGCGCUCUGCGUCCUGGUUCAUUUCUGAGGAUGCCUGGCCUGGCUGGAGUCUUGGAAGCUGGCCUGUUGAACUUCUACAAUGGAAACUUAUCACAAGAGAUGGAGGAUGAGGUGCGAGCCAGCGGAGGGGUGUUGAGCAGAGAGGACAUCACUAACUACAGAGUACAAGUGGAUCAACCAGUGGAGGCUCUGUUUAACGAGUUCAUAAUUAAAUUUCCUCAUACCCCAUCUGUUGGGGCAGUGUUGGUUUCGGCUCUCGGCCUUUUAGAGCGAUUCUUUCUCAGUGAGAAGAAUAACACAGAAAGUCAAACAUACCACCAGACCACUGAGGCUCUGAAAGAAUCUCUGGCUAUGGCAAGGAGUUUGGGUGACUCUAAAUUGAACUCUUCAGUCUGGGAGCUUCUCUUUGAUAUACUGAGUAAGAGUCAUGCUGACGUGCUUCAAAGGAUCAAUCACUCCAAAGCAUCUCUCCCUGAACGCCACUCCUCUGCUGUCACCUCUCUCCAGACUGAGCAUGUGGCUGGACAGGUAGUGGUAAUGGGACCGGAUGACCUUGUGGUGUCAGUGGCCAGCUCUCUGAGCCGACCAUUCGGGAGCAGAAUCAUGACGCAGUCAGGCGUUAUUCUAAACAGCCUCAUCCUUGAUUUCUCCUUGCUGAACAAAACCAGAGGGCAAAUCCAAACCAACCAGAGAAACAGAGUCCAGCCUGGAAAGAGGCCCCUAUCGACUCUCAUGCCCAUAAUAGUGGUGCCAGCCAGGCAAAAAUGUGGGAUCUACAUGGCAGUAAGCGGCUCAGACAGAAACAGUUUGAGCAUGAUUACACAGGUCUGA